AUGCACACCCCUCGAUCUUCAGCUUCCAAAUCGAGAAGCAUGCGCUCCAAGCGCAAAAGCCACAUGGGAUCUAGAUCAAUCAUGUCGAAGUCUAUAUCUUCAAGGCCCAAAACCACUCGGAUUCAAACCUCCCGAACCCGACGCCAAAAUGAGUUGACCGCGGCAGAAAUGGCGCUUGAUGACGUUGAUUCUGAUCAUAAUAACUUACGAACCCAAACCCAAUCGCACCUCCUCUACAUCGCAGACAAGAACAAAGACCAGGACGAAGACCACGAUGACGAGGAUGAUCAUGCAGUAAUGGCACGACUCGCGAGGCAAACCUCCCUGGAGGAAGAAGAUCCUGAAGAAGUCCCAGAACCCACUCGAACAAACACCCAACGCCCUCUGCAUUCAUUAAUCGUUCAACCACAGGAUGAAGCUGAAACGGACCUACCUACUGGAACCAACACCCGACGAGCUCUGUGUUCCUCAAACGUUCAAUUGGAGGAAGAAGCUGAAACGAUCCUACCUACUAUUGAUAACUAUAAACAGCUAGUUGAUGACUGGCCUCCAGCCCGGAUAGCUGUCCAAGACCGAUUGCAAAAGAAGAAGCGUACGGCGGUACCCCCUAAGAUUUUAACUGAAGCUCGCGCAAUUCAAAACCUUUACAAGCAACAUAAGUCGAUGCUUGCAAUCAUGGGUAAUGUCAGUACUUUUACAUUGAACAAAGCAUUGGGGGAACUUGGUGGUCGCCGACGACCAAGCGGUUAUCAAAUUUGGUUGAAGUUUGGGAAGGAGAUUGAAAAACACCGAAAGCGAAUGCCACGUAAGUGGGGCCAGAAAGGUGUCUUAGCGUCUCGAAAUAAGUUACUUGGCGAUAUAUGGACUCGUCUUCCUAUAGAACAUAAAGAGGUAUUUUCCCCUCCGGUUUUUCAUGCCCUAUCUGGUCUGCAUUAUUCACAACAUGGUAAGAAAGUCGAUACCGAUGAAGAUGCGAAAAAGGAUCCAAUCAUCUUUGAGCCUGGGGAACGUGAAGCAUUACAGGCUUUAUAUGAUCAGAUAGUUUGGAAGGAAAAGGUUGCUAAGGAAUAUUCAAAGGCUUCUAAACGUGUGGCCUCUGGUCCCUCUUUGCCUGAUUACAACCGUCAGUCACUUAAAACUAUCGAACGGCUUCAAAACCAGAACAACAUGGGCUUUGACUACUACCUUCUGGCAUGUAGCAAACACAGUUUGACUGAGGUUUGCUCUUCUUCAAGAGGCUGGUGUAGAGAGUAUACAUCGAUAGAAGAAAUGGAGAAGUAUGUCAAUAAGAAGUGUAAUUUCUCUUCAAUGUUUGCCGCCAGGGCGCAAGGCCUUUCUGUCGGGGAAAUUGUAGCUGAAACCAUUGGUACUAAUGGUAUCUUAACGGAGAAGGCGCGAAAGGCUGAUCCUGGAGAUAAAGUGAAGUCUGACCUUGCUCUUGCGUUGCGAACAUGUAUGAAGGGUUUACUUGGAUACGAAGUCGGUUUUCCACGAGGACCUGAUCCAGAAGCCAUCUUACUCGACAAAUACAACAUCAAAAUAAUCCAGAUGCAUGCUUCUAAACUGCCACAUGAAACUUUGAAGCUAGGAUUCAAUGCUAUGAAUAGUCGCAGAUCUUUGUGGCUGGAUGAUGUCAAGGCUAAUCUUUUCAAGUUAGAAAAGAUGGACACAGAUGAGGAAGAUGAUGAUGAUAACAGAAUGAAUAUAGAUGAAGAGGUUACUAACACGCAAGAUUUACCUAUUGAUGACAAAAUGGAUGAAGAUGAGGAAUGGACUGGAUUGGGUGAUAUUGAAUGA